AUGCCGAAUUCUGUGUCGUCUUCCGACAAUUUAGUCCCGCUUCAACCUCUUUCUGUUCAGGAGCAAGAUAGGAAUGAGGAUAAACAAAUCAAUGAUGCCAAGGAAACAAAAGAACAGAAGCAAGAGAGUUGCAAAAAUAGUGGGGGAACAGUCUCAGAUUCAAAUCUGAUCACAGCUGCAGGAGAUCAGUUAAAAGAGGAAGCGCUGCGUCUUGUGUGGCAAGAGGUAUCAUCAGACAGUGAUAUAAGUGAUCAGGCUACUGAAGCUCGACUUAUAGAUUUCAUUGUCAUACCCGGAGUCUGUGGCAAUCGGCACGGCAAAGACUUUGCGCCGAGCCGUGGAUCUGUUAGCUCAGCUUGGGUUACCCAAAUCGCUGAGGAAGGCUGGGAGAAGCCCAAGAACGCUCGCAGCAGCUGCCGGGUGUUUCAAUUCGAUUAUGACUCUUCCGAACUUUUCUUUGGUCAUAGAUCUCGAGAGGCAAUCCGGCGAGUUACAUUGAGAUUGCUCAAUGGGUUACGGUCAAAACGUUCCGGCGAGACCAAGAAGCGUCUGAUAUACUUUAUCAGCCAUGAUAUCGGAGGUACUAUUGUCAAAGAUGCUCUUGUUAUGGCUGCCCUUGACAGGAGCUCAUGGCAAGACAUACCAGAGAUGACACGAAUUCUGAUCUUCAAUGGCUGUCCACACCGCCAGAGAGACAAAGCUGACUUGGAAACGAGGCUGGCUAGCUUUCUCUAUGAAAAUUACUCUCAUACUUCUGGCAAGCCGCGGCCUUCAGUGACCUCAAUAUCAAGACUUACCAGAGCCAUCAUCCAAGUGAAUGGUCUCUUCAUAACCUCACAUAUCGCGCUGCGAAGCCACAUCAUAAGUCUUCACUCUCAAGGAGAGACGAGUAGUGGGGGUUUCGACGCUUACUGUGCGACAUUGGGUAUACCGCUGGAAAAGACACUGACAGCACCAACUGGGACGGACUAUUCUCCUCUUACUAAGUAUCUUGCCAAGAUAGAGCCAGAUGUCCGGGAGGCGAAAGAGUCCAUCGGAGCACGACAAUAUGCCCAAGAGAGAAAGCUUCUUGCUCUAGCGUCUCCAAUCUAUCCGCUCCGUAACAAGGUUGAACCUAACCCUUUGGCUGAUCUACCAGAUUAUCAAACUUGGUUGAGCAGUUCUUGUCCUCAAAUACUCUACCUUCACGGCAGUUAUAGCGUCAGAGAUGUGGCUGAGAGUGUAUUCUACGCUCUUGAAGAUGAGGCCGCGAAGGGGAAGCGACGGGAAAUUGUUCUAUACUUCUCUUUCGACAGAUUCGAUGUGCGUGCUGAUAGUAUUCGGGACAUGAUCGCUACCUUCUUGGCUCAGAUUUGCAGUCAUCACCCAAGACUUGGACCUGCCAUCGAAAGACUCUGCAGCCAGAUUGAAAAUGAACGGGGAUGGACUGAAACAGAUCUGAUUCAAUUUCUCGAGAUGUUCAGAGUCUCAGCAGAAGUCAAACAGACGAUCAUUGUCAUGAAUUACUUUGAAGAGUGCACAAAAGCGUCACGAAAGAUAUUUCUGGACCACAUCACUAAAAGGUAUCACAACAGCGAGUCCCCCUGGAAGAUUGUAGUUACAAGUAUUGAGCCUGGUGCUCUGAGCGAAGAGCUAUCGGGUCCUUUUUGUGUCCCUAUUGAUAUAUCUUCUGGGGAGCUGGGAGAGUUCGCGGCGAAAAAUUUGGAGAGUGACAUCAAAGCACUGAUAAGCUCAAGAGAGGAUCUGGCUUUCAGUGAACAGCAGCUCCUCGAGGAGCUGCGGUUCAUGGAAAAGUUAGAUCCUCCAGUGCGCCAUAUUAUAUGUGAGCAGCUCAGAAUUCGAGAAGAAUGGCCUGAGGAGAUGUCGACUGAUGACACUCUCGGCUUAUUGGGCCUUUCAAAACAAGUGGAGGAGGGUGACAAGGCUAUGGUAUCUGUGUUGAAUGCUGUGCUCAAGAAGUACCCCAACCAGGACUCUAUGGAAUGCCUCUUCUCCUGGCUCUUAUACGCUGUCAGACCACUCACAAUCUGGGAACUUGCCAUUAUCAUCUCGUUUUCAGAUGAGAGGGAAUGUAGCAAAGUCUCUCCUAGUUUCAUGGCUGUCGACAAGUUUGUCGAAAAGAUUGAGAACGACUUUGCUGGUAUUCUUGAGGUGGAUCAUAACGAGGUCAGGUUUAAGUACCCAUGCUUCCACGAAAUCAUGGUCAACAACCAUUCUUUAACAAAAGAGCCUGAAGAGAAGGAUUAUCUGUGGCACAAGAUCAAAGGAAAAGCUCAUCAUCUAAUUCAAAGCAUGUGCCUGGCCUACCUAUCUCGAGACGCUGUUCAAGAGUAUGUCAGGGAGACUUUCGCCAAUACAGACUCAGCAACCUUCGAGACACCGCCUUUCCCAGACCGCACAAACCUUGCCUCAUAUGCUAUCCAGGCGUGGGCACAUCACUAUUCUCUCAGCUCCCCUCUUCCAGACAUAUCUGGCUUAUCAUCAAAGAAGGACAUGGUUCAGACCCUGGCCAAAGCCCAGUGGUGUCUAUCUAACCCUGCCACCAGACGCUCUCCUUGCUUCCAGUCUCUGUUCCCAAUCUUUGCUGGACUUGGCCUCCCUAAUGUGGUGGAGCCGCUAGGUAGUGAUGAUGCGUUACGAGGUCUGAUCGAAGCAGCCAGCAAAGGACAGAAACAAGUGGUUGAGGAUCUUCUUGGCGAAUACGACUUUACGCCAGACGAGACAUGGGAUGUACUCAAGGCUGCAAGCUCCUCUGGCAAUGAGGAGCUGAUGAAUGCCCUGCUGGAGAAGAUAGAGGCUAAGGGGAAGAUACAUGAAAACUUUGAGUGGCCGCCUGUUUUGAUCUAUCGGGCUGCCAAUCUGGGUUUAGAGGGCUUUGCCGAGAAGAUACUCAGUCUUGGAUGUCCUGCAGAUCCAGAUGUCGACUGGAGAAACGAGACAUCCAUGCAGUCAUCCCCUCUAUGUCAGGCAGCACGUCAUGGAUAUGCAAAUACAGUCAGAGUUCUGUUGAAGCAUGGCGCAAAUAUAGAGUACAACAGCUUGUCUGGAAGAAACCCGCUUCAUAAGGCCGCCCUUGAAGGUCACACCGAGACCGUCAAAGCCAUUCUAGAGGAGUCACAGGUCAUUAUCGACUGUCCUUCUGAAUCGAAUUUCACUCCCUUAUAUCUCGCGGUUCUAGGGGGAAGCCUUGACACAGUGAAACUGCUGUUGGAGAAAGGCGCAGACCCGAACAUGGGCAUCUCAGAUUCUCACACUGGAGAUGGUCAGUGGACACCUUUACAUGCGGCGACUGACAAUGGUUUCAUGAAAUGCAUCAGGCUACUUCUAGACAACGGAGCCAAUCCGAAUAUUCCUGGACCUUCUGGACCUCCGUUGCAUUGGGCAGUUAUCCAUGCCCGCAUCGAUAUCUUCAAUACGCUUCUUGAAGCUGGGGCUGACUAUCUGAGCAAGGCCCUCAAGAAACCCCUUCUGGUCACAAGCGUAGGGGCUGAGCUAAAGGGCGCUGGUCUAGGUAUGCUGGAACGACUUCUGGAGCUCGAAUUAGAUGUUAACUGUAAGGACCGCGAGGGGAACACCCCACUUACCGCUCUGAUAUGCUCGUACGCAAGUACACCAGCAGACGACUCUGGCCGAAGAGACAAAGCUUUGAAGAUGCUGCUAGAUCACGGUGCCGACGCGAAUCUGGCCAGCGAUGAUAUGCGGACACCAUUACAAUAUGCAGUCCUGGUGAAACACUACAAAGCGGUCGAGAUGCUCUUAGAAGCAGGUGCUGAUCCGAACUCACACUUUAAAGAGAACCAAGCACCACUUUGCUCUGCGCUUGAGCAGCCCCGGAUAGCCCGUCUGUUGCUUGAGAAAAGUGCAGACCCCAAUGUUGGUUUCUCUGUCGGGUUCACUCCCCUGACAUACGCUGCAUGCUUUGAUUACGAAGAAGCUGUGGAGGCCCUUCUUGAAUAUGGAGCGACAGUUGAUCUUGAGUAUGGAUUUGGAGUUGACGAGCCUCUCAAUGAUUGGCCCAAAGGCUGGACACCUCUCAUGUGCGCUACAUUCCGAGGCCAUCAUGGAAUCGUUCGGAUGCUGGCCGAAGCUGGAGCGGACAUGCAUCGACGAGACAAGGAGACAGGAAGAUCAAUCGUUCACCUUGCGAUAGCUGGCGGAACCCUUUCCACUAUCUUAGAAUUUCCUUCAAGGAUCGAUCUUAACGACACGGCAAAUAAUGGGCUUGGGGUUCUUCACUAUCGUAAUCUUGAGAUCCGAGAUCUGAAGCGGCUGGUUAAUGCUGGCGCGGACAUUGAGAUUGGGGCCGGAGGGCGACUUACCCCCCUGCAAGUAUACGCAGAAUGUGACUUCGAAAAGGUGCAGUAUAUCAUCAAGCGCGGAGCGAAUGUCAACUCACUGUCCCCGUACUAUGGUUCACCUCUACAUCAAGCUUGCAGAGCAGGUCGAUUUGAUAUCAUCAAAUUCCUUGUUGAGCACGGUGCAAACGUGAAUGCAACCGAAAACUUUCUGGGCACGCCUCUACAAGCACUAUUCCUUGCUCAAUAUCAUAUCGAGGCGCUGGAGCAUGAGAGCAUGGUCCGCUAUCUCUUGACGGGACACGAGAGCGCACAUGCGGAUGUAACAGUAAAAGCUGGUGUCUGGGGCUAUGCGAUCAACUCGGCUGCAUUUGGAAGUCUCCCUCCUGUCAUCAACCUCAUUCUUGAGCAAGAACACGCCACAGUCAAUGUCAAGGACGACAUGGGCCGCAUGCCUAUACAUUUUGCGGCAUGUCAUGGCUUGGCCAACUUUGAGGCUAUCCUGGAGCGAGGUGGCGACUUGUAUGCUAAAGAUAAGCAGGGACGUGUGCCGUUGCAUUGGGCUGCACAGACAGGAAGACUCCAAGUUGUGAAGAAGAUCAUCUCGCUUAUGGGUGACAAGCUGGAUAUCGAUGUCCCUGAUAUUGAUGGUUGGACACCGCUUUGCUGGGCACCUCGUCACGGUUUAACACUACUUAAGCCAGAAAAUACGGGAGAGCCGUCACUCAGCGCUGAUGUUAUUAAACUUCUCAUUGAGCAUGGGGCCAAGACAGAUGUGAUUGUUAAACAGGGCAAAGAGACAUGGAGCCCGCUCAGCAUUGCUCACUAUCACAAUUGUGAUCCAGACGUGAUAUCAUUGCUCAAUAGUAGCGUCCCAACGUACAAGGAUAAUAACGAGGACACCGCCGAAGAUACAGAGACCUCAAAGGCUACAGCAAAGAGGGGAAUUCGACAGGAGAAUGCCUGUUGUGAUUAUUGCUUAUCGGUUAGUAUUUGGUGA